AUGCCUGCGAUACAGAAGACGCGCUCUCACUUUCGGCAACUCGACCCUCACCUCACAGCGCCGAGAAGUGAUGCCGCCAAGGAUGCGCGCCACUCCAAGCCGAAUCAAGAGCGCUCUUCUCGCGGCGCCGUCAAGCAGCUAGCUCGAGUCGACUCCAAAAGCGCUUCUCGCGUCAACAACAGUCCGCAAAGGGGUGUGGGCAAGCUUUGCCUCCGUCGCUCGCCGCCAGAAUUAUCAGCUCCGUCUCGUGACGGAGGUGCAGGAGGCGUAGCGCCCUUUCUUGCCCUUGGCGUCGCUGGACCUGGUCCUGGAACCUUACAACAGCGCCAGCAUCAGCAUGGUCUGCCUCCACAAGCUGCCUGGUCCGCUUCUCGAGCGGCAGGGAUGGAGACGGGCGUAGCUACUGGUGCCGACCACGCUCAUCGCCAUGCGCUCUGGUCAAGCGCACUGCGAGACUCCUUGGCCUCGGAGGCCAAACUGGCUGCACAGUCCCGUUCGAAGGACAGGCAACGUCUGCAGUCCUUGCGCACAACCACGGAGCGUACGCGAGUCGGUCGCAGUGCCAUAAAGGAAGUUUCGGAGCUGGACGCGCGUCGGAAGGCGAUGUUGCAAGCCGAGCUUGUCACUGGCAGGCGAGAAGAGCGAAGAGUGGCAUUUCAAGAGAGACGACAGUGGCUGCGCGAGCCAGCAGCUCAGAGCACAUACCUGCGAAGGGAUGAUGAGUCCCAGAUGCAUGGCAGACACCAGGUUGAAAAGGAUGCGCAGGCUAGGCAUUGGAUUGUGCCGGACGCGGGGCCGCUGUGGCCACAUGGAGAAGGCACUUCCAAAUACCCAUCCACUACUACGCCACGACGAAAGCGAGCUCGGCUGAAGGGAGGGGCUGAGAUGCAGGCUGGAUCGCCUCAAGGAGAUGUGCUAGCCGAUGACUCCGAGAGCGUCAUCGAGAACUCUUUCUACGAUACAGGCGCAGCCUUCGGAAAUGAUAUUCCGCAGUCUGCCCUUUGCGUUCAACGACCGGGACAUGUUGACGUAGACGAUGCGCUGAGUCGCUCGUGCGCCAAAGGGCAAAGUGAUUCGUCGUCUCGGACAUGCAAUCAUGGAUUAGGACUCGACGCGCUCAGCCCUAGUCUACCCAUUCUGCGGAACAGCUCCCAGGCAGGCAGAGAGAUAGGUGAUGCUCAGCCAAAUCCGCAGCGGAUGCUCAGCAGAGCUCCGCUCACCACAAAUGCUGCAGACCCACGCCCAAAGGAGACUGCGCGUGGCAUAGCACGAGGCCAAGUUGAGGAGAGCUGCCAUACCCCACCAUUAAGCGCUCCUCAUCAUGUCGCCAGACCGGUUUGUGGGAAGGUGCAGAGCCAGAGUCAAAGCCAAGAAGAGGUUUCGAUGAGCGCGAAUGGGCCUGCGUCCCGCGACUUUGCUCUGCGAGGUACUGAAACUUACACUGAUGCGCAAGUCAUCAAGGCCGAGAUUCUUGACGCUUUGGAUGCCCAAUCGCAACAUGUCGAGGGCGAAUCGUUAAGGGAUUCUUCCUUCGUCGAACGCGGAGAAGACGUAGAGCGACAGCAAGCAUUGAAGGACCGGCAAAUGUCAAAUUCACAGACAUUCUCGCUCCCAGUCCUAGAUGAAUUGAGUGCAAGCUGUCCGCCGCGCCUGCAGUCUCGCUGUAGAAAGCCGCCACGUCAACAGACAGCAGUCAAGGAGGUAGAAGCACUACCUACAACUAGGCUUUCCUCGGUCGUUGAGGAGACCCGUAGCAAAGCAGUUCCCCAGAGUACCCAAGCAAGGCCAGCUUUGACGCUGACAGCGACAUCGCGUGAUUCGAACUUGGGACAUGCCGCUGCUCCAGUCGCACCGCCGCCCCCUUCGCAUCCGGGUGCGGAAAGUUCCCAAACGUUGAGCGAGCGCUCGUUCUGGGCUGCACCUCUCGUGGCUCGAUAUGAGCAAGCGCAAAGCGAGAGCCUUAAUGACGCAACAUCGACAGGCAACCAAAGUCUCGAGUCGCAUACAAGCGCCGCGUCCAGGUCGGUCUUUGAUGCGACCAAGACUGGCACGACACAGUUGCCGGCUGGCGCUCUCUUUCCGUUCUACGAUUUUCGCGAAUCGCAAAUGCCCGAAAGCCCAUGCAGGCGCUUGCCCCCAUCCGAGCCGACCAGUGCGGGCUUGGACAGUCUACACAGCCCUAGCGACGAGAUAGGAGAGGGCGGCGCACUCCUACAAAGUUCCCCUUACUCCCACUCCCGGCUGGAAGACGAUUGUGGCGUCAGAAGCGGAGAUCUUCGUGAAGGAGUCGUUGCACACCAUCCUGACUCAAUGCCUGACGCGCCACUUGCCCAACAGGAUCGCUCGCGCGUUGAUGGCAGCUUCGUCUACGAGCUUGCGGGUCGAAGCGGGGAUCAGCACGUGCCAGAAACGCUGCGGUCAACGAUCUUCGCCCGAAUGCCACCCACGUACGCAACGGUGGAUAGGCGAAGAGAUUCGAGUCGAGCUGGAACCUCUGCCAGAGGUCGCAAUUCGCGCAGUUCCUUGCAGCAACAGCAGCGACACGACUCCUUGUUCGACUCGUUUGCCAGCGUUCCUUGGAACGAUUCUGGAGUGUGGGACGAUAGCUCCUUGGAACUUGAGGGCUACGCUGCGCCAGCUGCUGCUUAG